UGAACUAAAAGAAUUAGAAGUUAAAGAGAGAGAUUGUGAACGGUUUGUCGGGUAGAAUGUUAUGCGUGAAAACGCGUUGCACAAGUCUAGAAAGACUUCCAUCAUUCUCUCUAGAAUGUUUCAUGACGAAUCAUGCGGCAUUUAAGCUGCCAACACCUUGAAGUUGUUCCAAAGCAGACGGGAUGACGCGGCCAGCCCCAACAUUGCAAACUCUUGGCAGCGUUAUUGUUGUCAAUUGCCAGUUGUUACCGAACCCUACAUACCGCUUGAGCACACCUGGUUAUGUGACACUGGUGUGUCUCUCGAAGUUGCGCGAAGUUAGCGAAAGUUUGAGAAAAGUUUCAUUAGAGAUGUGGACCGCACACUGCCAAAAUUUAGUAUUCAUCGCCUUUGUGUUCUUACCCUCUGUCGUGAGAGGUAUUCCGGAUUAUUCUGGACUGCCACCGGGACCGUAUUGUGCCGCGAGGUAUCCUGAAGGCAGUUGCUGCCCAGGACGACAGGAUGAGUGUAGCGCGCCGAUCCUCAAAACGUUGUGCUACUGCGACGAUUUUUGCAACCGAACUCGUGAAGAGGACUGCUGUCCAGAUUACUGGUAUCACUGCAGAGGGCUGCCGUCGACCACGUCAGCACCCGAGGAAAUAAGAAGAUGCUUUUUCCAUGGAAGGGAGUACAAUCACGGGCAAACGUUAAAAGUUAAUUGUAACACAUGUAAAUGCUCCUCGCUUGGUAAGCGCGCCGAAGUGCUCUGCGAGGAGAAUCGAUGUUUGAUCGAGCCGGAAUUAAUGGAGGAACUUAAUUUACAAGGGCAUACCCUAGGUUGGCAAGCAGGCAAUUAUUCCGAAUUCUGGGGAAGAACACUUCGGGAAGGUGUGGAGCUUCGUCUGGGCACUCUCAAUCCCUCACAAUCCGUGUACAAAAUGAUCCCGGUGCGACGCAUUUACGACCCGGAUGCACUACCACGGGAGUUUGACUCCAGGACGCGCUGGUCACGCGACAUAUCUGGCGUCCACGAUCAAGGAUGGUGCGGUGCGUCCUGGGCCAUAUCCACAGCCAACGUUGCGACUGACAGGUUCUCGAUCAUGAGCAAAGGUGCUGAGGACGCAGAGCUGAGUGCCCAACAUCUGCUCUCUUGCAACAACAGAGGACAACAAGGCUGCAGAGGCGGUUAUCUUGAUCGCGCUUGGCUCUUCAUGAGAAAAUUCGGAUUGGUGGACAAGGAGUGUUAUCCUUGGAUCGGUAAGAACGAGCGAUGCAAACUACGUAAAAGAAGCAACCUAAAGGCCGCCGGUUGUCGAAAGCCACCAAAUCCACUGAGAACAGAAUUAUACAAGGUCGGGCCGGCUUACCGCCUGGGCAACGAAACUGACAUUAUGCAGGAGAUCCUGACCUCUGGACCAGUACAAGCUACCAUGAGAGUUUACCAAGACUUCUUCGUUUACAAAAGCGGCGUAUAUAGGCACUCUCAAAGUGCGGAAUUACACGAUUCCGGUUAUCACUCGGUGAGAAUAAUCGGUUGGGGCGAGGAGAGGUCUUAUCGCGGUCCACCGCUCAAAUAUUGGCUGGUUGUAAACUCUUGGGGGUACAACUGGGGAGAAAACGGGCUCUUUAAGAUCCAAAAGGGAACGAACGAAUGCGAGAUCGAGUCGUACGUGCUGGCGGUAUGGGCCAAGACGACAUAAAAGAAAAAAAGAAACAAGGAAAAUGCCAAAGUACUAGAAUAUCCGAUUGUCAUAACACUGUUGGUGCAUUUAUUGAAUCUCCGUCGUCGGUUCGUCGUCAUGCGCAAUGAUGCGAUUGCCAUCGGGGACAAUGAACGAUACAUCAAUGUUCGAAAGUAUGUGAUCCAAUUACCUGAUCCGUAUAUUGCCUUAUUACACGUUGGAUCGGGAGGAAAGGAGACAGAAACGAAAGGAGGACAGAGUUGUUUAUAUUUAAUAUAAGUAUAUGUGGAUAGUCGAAAAAAUGUCAUCGUUAUUUUCUGAUUAUUCGUAGAUAAUAAUAAUCGUUUGACAUAGAAACGCGUUCACCGUUACGCGUCGAUGAUCGAUAUGCUGUAGUAAAAGUUAUGUCUUUUUCACGUGAUAUCAUCCACGUGUUGCGGUGACUUCGAUGUGUAAGAAGUACUAAGUGCCAAGCGCUUGAAAUAAAUUUUUUAAGUACGUAA